UCGUUUUUCUCGUAGGACCAGCUUCAAUUCGAAAUUUCCAAAUAUGUGUACUCAAACUAUAAUAUUGAAAAAGAACUAAUCUACCUAUGCAGACAAAAAUAUGACUACACCUUAUUACGCAUCAAGAAAAAAUGCAAAAUUUGUUCCAAACAUUGUUGUUUUAUAUUCGGUGGGAACAAAUUUCAAGAUCAUGCGAUGGCCCUCGGGUGUAACUGUUUCAUCAUAAUGCAGAUUCCAUUCCGAGUGAAUUGCGAGACCGAACCGUCAAACCCAUGGACAACACAAAAACCAGAACGCAAACUAUCGCCUUUUUGUUUCCACCCACGUGUUUGCGAAUCGGUGCGAACGCAGGCAGGAGGGAACUGUCUGAAAGACUUUCGGAUAUUAGUGCCGGCUGCUACCCAUUCACUGUAUCUCCGGUCGGUCUGAAGAAUCAGCCGCGAUCCGGUCAGCCACAACCACAGGGCUUGGAGAGUUUCUUCUCGAUUCGCGAGAUACAACCGUGGAACGCAGAAGCGCAUUACAACAUGCAUUGUGGCCAACAGUUAUAUAUAAGAGAGAUGUUUCUUGAUAGUACCUGUUACAGUAAGAAAUUGAUCGUUGUCUGAAAAACAGUUGGCGCGAAAAAAGUUCCCAUAAUUGUUUGUUUUCUACAGCAAGAGUGUAGGAGAGAAAGAGCAGUCAUGCGGACGUAUUUUCUUCUCACGGUAUUAGCAUCUAUAGUUGCUGUUAGUUCCGGACUGGGCUACGGAUUGCUAGGAGGAUAUGGAAACAGUGGCGGCUAUGGUGGAUAUGGAGGGUAUGGUGGAUAUGGUGGAUACGGAGGAUAUGGACGAUACGAUGGAUAUGGUGGAUAUGGUGGUUAUGGCAUCGGUCAUGGAGGUUAUAGUCCAUGGAAUGCAUAUCCCGGAUAUGGUGGUUAUGGAGGCUACGGAUAUGGUGGCUAUGGCGGUUAUCCAGGAAAAUACGGAGGAUACUAUAACGGAUAUAGCCCUUACCCCUACAAACCGUAUUAGUAGGAACGAUUAGAUUUAAUCAAUCUUUUACAAAUUG